AUGAGUAGAUGCGACUUCAAAAUUGUGCUGCUCGGCAGCGAGCAUGUUGGAAAAACGAGUUUAGUGUUGAGAUUUGUUAAUUGCAGAUUUAAUUCUGGCACCCCAUAUCAAAACACGAUCGGAGCGGCUUUCUGUGCUAAAACAAUGCAUUCCAACGGCAAAGAUCUGAACAUAGGUAUAUGGGAUACGGCUGGAAGUGAGCGGUAUGAAGCAAUGACUCGCAUGUACUAUAGAGGUGCUCAUGCGGCUAUUAUAUGUUAUGACCCUUGCUGUGCGUCAUCUUGGGCUAGACUGAGACAUUGGCUGGCGGAAUUACGGACUGUUGAAGAGGAUUGUAAAGUAUAUCUAUGCGGUACGAAAAAAGAUUUGUUAGAUACAAAUUCAACUAGAGAAGUACCAGAAGAUAUUAUAGCGACUUACUCACAAGGACUGAAUGGACAUUACUUGACAUCGAGCAAAACGGGGGAAAAUGUUGAGGAAUUAUUCCAAAAGAUAGUCGACGAUUGUGUAGCGGAUCGCGACUUGAUGCAGAAGGUUGAGGAAUCGAGGGUUCAGCUUGCUAAAGAACAGGAGAAAGAUAAAAGUUACUGUCUGUGUUGA